AGUACCAACAAAUUACUCUGCAAAGACAAUUUUGAAAAAAAAAAAAAUCAAAAGUGAAGAAAUCCGCCAUGGCUGCAACUUCAAGUUUCUCAAAACUCAUCUCAUUCUUCCCCCAAACUCAGAACACCAAAAUCCAAAUCCCUCCUUCCCUAAAAACCCACCUUUCAUAUCCUCUAAAUUGCCCUUCAAUCUCUCUCAAAAACCCAGAAAACCCUAGAAAUCGAAAUGGGUUGUUCAUAACAUCAAUGGGUACUUAUAAUGUGCAGGUUGUUGUCGAAGAAAACGAGCAUGAAGAAAAGCUGUUGAGUAGGUUUAGGAGAGAAGUAUUUAGAGCUGGUGUUAUUCAAGAGUGUAAGAGACGAAGAUGGUUUGAGAAUCCUCAUGAUAAGAAGAAACGCAAGUCUCGUGAAGCUGCUAAGAGGAAUAGCAAAAGGCGUUUUCAGCCAAAAGUUACAAAACAGAAUAAUACUGAUACUCCAAAGAAGGAAGAUGAUGAUUUUGAUAAUGAUAAUUGGGAACUUCCUGAAGGCAACCUUCCCUAUUGACCAAGCUGAUGCAGUUGCUAGCAGGUGACAUGCUGACAAUGACAGAUACUGAGAUACAAAGCUAAAUUUUUCGAUACAUUUUGACCUGAGUUUUGGAUUGUGAGUUUAUGACACUGUAAAGAGCAGUAUAGUAUGAAUAUUAGAAGUAUAUGUGAUCUCUGUUUGUUUGAAUUACUUAGUAUUAUUGGUGUUGCUAAUUUCACGUUUCAAAUCCAAAGAGGCAACUCUUAUGUAUCUUGAUCAUCAGAACAAGAAUGUAUUAAGAGAGUUUGUGGUACAUGUCAUGCCCA